CGACCACGUUUUGAGAUCGCCGUCAUACACCUUGUGGUCGAUCUUUGAUCGUUCCCUCGCACCUAUAGCCUUUGGUCUCAUGUAUUUCCGUUCCUGACAGCCCCCUAAUAUCUCAGCCUCACUCACCGUUGACAUCGAAUAUCAAACGUUUGGUCUCGCAAAAACGUCGCAGAGCUGUUGCUGAGGCCGGCGCAAUAACAAGCAUGAAGAUUUUACGCAUCAAUAUGAGGCCGCAUUGGAUGAGGCUGUUUUUCACAGCUCUGCAAAUUACGGGGACUUUAGCUCAGGAUGCGACUUCCUCCACUCGAACUACUACAUCAACAGCCAUCUCGUCGUCGCCUUCACCAACGACCCUCCAGUCGAGCAUCAGCACCAGCUCAUCGGAACCUCAAACACAUACCAUACAAGUGGGCCUUUUGGACCAUAAGAUGCGUCCUGAGACCACCGAAGCGGCUGUAGGAGACAUCAUCGAGUUCGACUUCUAUCCGCUCAACCACAGCAUUGUGCGUGCAGAGUAUGGAUUCCCUUGCAUUCCCUACGAGAUGACUGGAUCCGGUAAAACAGGCUUUUUCUCAGGUUUUAAUCCAGUGGAUAAGGUCCUGGACAGCCCACCGAAAUAUAGCAUCAAGAUAAACGAUACAGAGCCAAUCUUCUUCUACUGUUCCGCGCCGGGCAGUUGCAUCACGUGGGGAAUGGUGGGUGGAAUCAAUUUGAAUAGCAGCAUGAGUAUAGAUAGGCAGAGGACAUUGGCUGUGGAUUCAACAUAUAUGCUACAGCCAGGUGAGCCAUUUCCCGCUGAAUCUCCUCUCCCAUCUGGCAACCCUGCCUCUUCGUCGUUGUCCAAUUCGACCUCCGCGAAUCCACCUGCACAUACAUCAACAAGCGGUUUAAGCACCGGCGCAAUCGUUGGUAUCGUCAUUGCCGCCGUCAGUGCCCUGCUGCUUGGUGCUCUGCUCUUCUUCUGCUGGGGCAGGACCAAGUCCCUCCGCGAGGCCAUCGAGCGUAAAGACGGCACCGUGCGCCGUGUCACCGCCAGCCCUAAUCAAAUGGUUCACCAUACACAAAACGCCAGCCAUGCCGGUUUCCAGUUCCCGCCUCAUCCCGCGGUCCAUCCAGGAAGCCACCCUGGAAGCCCAGAACCCGCGAGCUAUGGUCAUCAGCAUGAUGGGAGCAUGGGAGGAUACUUCCCUACUUCCGCGGGUUAUAUUGCAAAAUACACCUCCCCGUUGGCGGCGCAUCCAUCGUAUCACGCGCUAUCGCCCGGAUCGCCGUCGCCAGGAAGACCAGGCUUGCACGGAAGUCCUUUCAUGCAUCACGACCCCUCACCAAGAGGCACACCGGCUCCGGGGUACUACGAAACCUUCCCAACUCGACAGACUCACGGACAGGAGCGAGUUCAGGAACACCCCGUCGAGAUGGAAGCAGUCACUGCAGCGAAUCAGGCAUCUGAUGCCGAAGAUUUGAACAGGCUGAGCAAGUUUUGACUGAAGACAAAGAUUGGAGAUGUAGAGUGCGAUGUUUUCUUAAGAUACUCUCGAUGAUACGAGACUAAAGCACCGGCCUCUGAGUUC